GCGUCGUCGAUACCGCAAUGCUCUUGCUCGCGCUCACAGUGUGUUCCUUUGCUACCAUGAUUUUCGGGCUGAAUGAUCCUUCGAUAGACUUGCCGAGAUUUGGAAAGCCCUUGAACAACCUUACUGUGUCUGUCGGUCGUGAAGCCAUCUUUGAGUGUAUAGUCGAAAACUUGGGACCUUACAAGGUGGCAUGGCUACGAGUUGACACGCAAACGAUUUUGACCAUAGCUAGUCAUGUUAUCACGAAAAAUCAUCGAAUCGCUGUGACGCACUCAGGACACCGCACAUGGUCUUUGCACAUAAAAGAGACAAAAGAGACUGACAGGGGUUGGUACAUGUGUCAGGUGAACACUGAUCCAAUGUCGAGCAUAACAGGUUUCCUGGAAGUUGUCGUGCCUCCGGAUAUCCUGGAUUAUCCCACAAGCACGGAUAUGGUUGUACGAGAAAAUAGCAACGUGACGCUUCGAUGUGCUGCCAAAGGAAUCCCUGAACCAACUGUCACGUGGCGCCGUGAAACAGGUGGUACCAUCACUUUGUCCAACUCACAAGAAGUGGCAAGCAUCGAAGGACCAGAACUGGAAAUAACACGUGUCACUCGUCUACAUAUGGGACCGUAUCUUUGUAUUGCUUCGAAUGGAGUGCCACCAACAGUCAGCAAGCGAAUUGUUCUCAUUGUUCACUUUCCUCCAAUGGUUUUUAUUGAAAAUCAGUUAGUGGGAGCUUACGAAGGACAAACACUUAUUCUCGAAUGUCACAGUGAAGCUUUUCCUAAACCCAUCACUUAUUGGACAAAACCAACUAAUGAUACUCUCGUGACCGAUGGUAAUUACAAAAUUGAAACCUUCCCCUCUGGUUACGAGGUUGUGAUGAAGUUAACCAUUUUAUCCAUGCGUGCUCAAGAUUUUGGAUCUUUUAAAUGUAUUUCCACGAAUUCUCUUGGCGAAACCGAUGGUAAAAUUAAACUAUACAAAAUAGCGAAACCUGCAACUAGACGACCAAAUUCAAGAAGAGAUUCGAAGAAAUCGUGGAAAGUGGAUUACGGUCAUGAAAAGCAUUCGGCGGGAAUAAAGGAUUUAGCAGCAUUAACCGAAGAAGAUACCAGUGAGGAGACGAAUGACUUCCCAUCAGCGACUGCCUCAUCCAAUUACUUCAAUCUUGCAAAAUCAACAAUCGCCGCAAUUAUGCUUUUAAGAUUGUCGUCGUAGACACGAUAUCUUGAAAUUUUGUUUAAAAAAAGAAUCUUUCACGAUUGCCAUGAAAUUAAUUUAGUUAUUUGUAUCAUUCCGCAUUGAAUUCAUGGAUGAAAUGAUUCUAACGAAUCUAGGAUUUUAAGUUAAUUUCAUCGAUACUUUAUCCUUGAAGAUAACUUCAAUUAUUUGAAUUCUCUUGAAAACUUUCGUACACUAUCCGAAAGAUACAUCAAAAAGAGCUUAUAGUUAGUGAAUCUCCACUUUAGAAACUUUUGUUCAAUUUAAUUUUAAGUGGAAACUUGUAAAAUAAGUUUUAACGAUAUUUGAUGAUUUGAAAAUUGAUAUUUUCGUCACGGAAUUGAUGGUAACAAUUGUUAGAAAACUUAAAAGCAUUCUUUUCUACUACAUAGAAACUUUGUUAAAAAAAAUAAAUUCACAAAUGUUUUAUUGUAAAAAAGAAAAUAAAUAAAAAAAAACGCGAUCCAUCAAUUUUGGUUCAUACUUAAGAAAAUAUCAAAUCGCUUUCAUUUGAAAUUCGCCAAUCUUCUGAUAUAUUUAGAGAAUCGUUUUCUACUGACACAUUUGUCUUCCACGUCACGUGUUGCAUUUCAGCAAAAUGUUCGAACAUUGCGUUCUCUUAUGCUUUCAAUUUUUCAACGGCAAUUCGUCUCUCCACUGUCUCUUUAGAAAUAUCUUGAAAGAACAAGACAGAAAUGAAAAAGGCAGGAAAAUUCGUUCUAAAAUAUCGUGUUGUAAAAUGAUUGAGGGAAACGUUUUAGGAAUGAUUUCUAUUUUACUUAUAACAAAAUAAAUGUAACGUAAAGAAGAAUGAGAGGAAAUAUUUUUCGAUUGAUGGGCAAAAAAAUAUUUAUGAAAUAUAUUUUGGGGGGUAUGUGAAUGAACAAAUGUAAUUUGAAUUAAGAAGAUGGUUUUCAUUUACAUUUAGUUGAAAUGUUGACAAAUUGUUUACUUUGUAAGUAAGUUAAGAUUUGACUUUAUAAUUUUCAAUGUGAAAAUGUUAUUAAGUUUAUCAAUAAUGUAAAUAUUUAAAUGCCUGAUGUGUUGAAAUUGAAAUAUUAUUGUAAUUGUACAUAGAGCAGUAAAAAUUGUAUAUUUCAAUAGUAUAAGUCUCAGGGAGGUUGUAAAUACGUGUGUUAUAUAUUAAGAACGAUUCUUUGAUUUUUUUAAAUGUAAAUACGUUGAACGAUGUCAAAUAGAUCAUAAAUGUUAGUUAA